CUUCCGGCAACACGGAAGUAUGUUUAUUUUUUCUCAUUUUCACGGUAGUUUCGGCUUCACACGUACCCACCUUAAGUAAUGUUAUACACACAUUAGAAAGGAUGAUUUCAUACUACAAAAACAACUACAAAGAGUUCAAUCUAGAUGGGAUAUUUGGACUGAGACUCCUUGAAGGUCAAGUGAAGUUAUUAAUAGAAGACGACAACAAGGGAAAAUUCUCCAACAUCCCACCACAACCCACUUUCGAGAUAACGAAAAAACAGUUAUUGUCUAAACUGCAAGAAUUUUUACAUACUGCAAAGAACAUUUCUGACUUAUCACUUCCAUUUGUUGCUAAGAAUAACAUUGAUUACUUCCACAACAUGAAGGAAUUGGUGUCCACGCCUUACGGAAUGUGGAGGACACCAAGAAGAAUUGAUCCUGGAAGACGUUGGAGCAAAGAUGUAAUUGAAAAGAGGGAACUAAGAUAUAUGUCAGAGGAGCUUAGUGAUGAGUGUAUGAUGGAGUUGCUAGGCACCGGCAGGAUAGACAAAAAGAAAUGUAUCAUUAGUGAUAAAUGUUUCAAAGUCAUGACAACCAAGGGCAUGCAAGAUUAUUCAGUGACUCAUCAGUUGCUAUGGGUGAUGGUUGCCGAGAGAAUGGGCUGUAAUACUCAGCUUGCAGAAUUCUUCAAAUCUAAGAACAGUAACAUUGAUGACCAUGUAUUAGAGUUUUGCACUAAUAAUUACUUUGAGAUGCAAGAGGUUUUGAGGAUCCAAAAGGGCAUUAUUUUGCCGAUUUAUCAAGAUUUAUUUCUUGAAGUUCAAUUUGUGUGUCCUCUUUUCGGCUUCUACCAGUUCCUAAACAUGACAUAUUUACAACAGAUUCUUUCAUGGCAAUACCCAAAUGGUUGCUAUGGCAAAAUGAACAAGGUCACUGGUGUUGACCCCUUAGCAAAACGACAGGUUGAGAAAAAACUUUUCCGAGAAGAUGUUGAUGAUGAUAAUGAUGAGUAUGACUAUAAUCAAAACAAAGGUCAUCAACUUCUAAAUAAUAUGAUCUAUGAUACCAAAGAUGAUAACAAGGCAAAACCUGCUGAUGAUUUGAAUAUACAUAAAGCUGCUGAAAACCAAAAAGUGAAUAUGAUGCAGUUAGCCAAUCAACAAGACCCAAAUGCUAAUAAAGCAGCUGAUGAUAGCUUUGAUGAUAACUCACAUAAUUCACCAAUUGAUUCACCAAAUAUUGGAUUUGUACAAGUUGAUAAUAAACACAUCCAAAUGUUUGGAGAUCAGGACAAUAAUGUACUUAAUAAACAAAGCGAGAAGGCAUAUAACCAAGCUGAAACUUUAAACCGAGAUACUGCUGAUCAUGUAAAUGCCCAAAUGAGGGAUUCAUUGAACAAUAAGGGUAAUAACAAUGCAGUACAUAAUGGGAAUGUUGACAAUAACUGGAAUGAUCCAAACAUGGAUGAUGCAAAACAAAUACAAGAUUCUUAUCAUGUCAAGGACAAUCCAUUGGUUCAAACCAGACGUCUCCUCGUGGAGCAAACUCUUGAAGAUGGUUGCUUAUCUCACAAGACAGCAGUAGCUUCUGGAGCCCUAAUUGUCUAUCUGAGGUAUAUGCUAGAGUUAGGACCAUAUCUCAAUGACACAACACAACUGAGUAAAAUUGAACCCAUUAAACAAAAUGGGGAAAAUGAUCCUGGGAAUGAUGAUGAUAGUGUAAACUUGGAUGAAGAUAAUAAUGUUGCAGCUCCAGAUAAUGGCAAUGUACAUAGUCAUGAUGAUGAUACUGACAAUAAUGCAGAAGAGGAAGAGGAUCAAAAUGGUGAAGAUGAAGAUGAGGACAAAGAACAGAAGAACUACAAAGAUGAUGAAGAUGAUAAUAACUAUGAAGAAGAUGAAGAAAAUGGUCCCAAUCAGAAAGAACAACAUAAAAAAUUACAUGCACAUCGUGGUCUACCUCCAAUACCUAAAGACAUGGUGAAUAAUGAUCUCAAUACAGAUGACAACAGUCAUGAAACUCACGACUAUUAUAACUCUGAAAAAGAAGACAGCAACACAGCCAAUAAAAUCCAGGAUAACAGUAAACAUAUCUAUAUUGAUAAUAAUAUACAUAAAAUACAAGAUUCAACGAAACACAAGAAUCGUGAUUUUCAUGUUGAUGAAAGUCAUAUCUACCCUGGGGUGAAUAACACUACUCUGCAACCAAGCUCGUUGAUGACAUAUUUAGUGAUCCUACCUGGCAUAGGUGUCAUGUUUGUCAUGUAUAAAUUCAUAAAAAGGCGGAGAAUUAGAAUAAGAUACAGAUCUGUACUUCAUUAGCUGAAAUUAGGUUCUACUAUUUUAUUUAAUGUAAACAUUGUCCAAGUUAACACAGCUGUGACUACUUAAAAAUUGGAGCUCUGUUGAUACUGUGAAGUGUAUAAUUUGGGUUAUGUUCCAACAUGGGCUUUCUCUAUGAAUGCUCAUGGUGAGAAUUUGAAAUAUGCUUUUCAGUAGCCCUGUUUACACUAUACAAAGCAUUCC